GGAAUGCAGUUGUUGAAAUUUAAACAGGGCUUAAUUUGAAUACGGAGACGCUCCAGUACAAAAAAAAUAGUUAUUUAUUUAUUUUGUAUUGCUUUAUCUCUUUUGAUUUGCUUUCGCUUUAAAGCCGUAGACGUUUGCGAUACGAGGGGAUUUUUUUUUUUAAAGUUCAAACUACUUAUGUUCACUGCAAACGUCAUUUAACCUCCAUAAUUACAACCAGGCAGCUUCACGUGUUAUUACAGCUUCACACCGAGAGCUAGCUCGUUGUAAUAGUUAAUUCCACAUCCCAAAUGCCACAUAAUUAAAGAAAGCAGUGCUAUCAAACAUCGGGAGCUCUUUAAAACCCGUUUUGCCCCACUGGCAACAAUUGUUGCCAAAGUUUAUCACUGUCAUUUUCGACUCACAAUAAAAAAUCUCAAAGGUACUAAUGCAACUUUUUCCACUUAUAUGCUAGUAGACAACUUAGACAAAGGUUUUGAUUUUUAAAAAAUCGUUUCCAAGUGCUUCCUAUCGCAUGACAUCAUCUGCUUCCCGCUCUUUCUGGCUGAAGACAUGGCGGAUGCAAAUCAUCCUGGAAAGAGACAUGCAGCUGCCAAAUCCCCCCGAUGAUGAUCCUGGGUGCUCAUCCUCAGUGAGUCAGACAGAGACUAGAAAGGUCAGUGGCACAAAUGAAAAGGUGACCAGUCAGAUUGUUGGGCCCAUGCUCCACAAAACUAAGAACCAAGACAGGAAAUUCAAAAAAAUCAAAAUUGCGGCCAAAGCACCAGCACAAGCCAACAAAAAAUAUCAGAUCCCUCGCUAUGUCCCCAAAGAACAUGAUCCUGGCUUCACAUCAGAUGAUCCAGUGGAUAUCUUCCUCACAUUUUAUCCCAAGUCCCUCAGAGAUGUCACACUGGAAAUGUCCAAUCUCUACGCUGAACAAAAAGGGAAAACGCUCAACCUGACUGAGGAUGAACUUCUUACAUUCUACGGUAUUCUGUUGAUCAGUGGAUACAACACAGUCCCAAGGCGGCGUCUUCUCUGGUCAGACGAUUGUGAUGUCAGCAACAAUGCUGUAAAAGAUGCCAUGCGGAGGAACAGGUUUGAUGAAAUUAUGUCUUCUGUUCAUUUAGUAGACAACAUGAAGAUCACAGCUGACCCGUUCUUCAAGGUGCGUCCCCUUUUUAAGCAUCUAAAUGACAUCAACAACGCAAUCCCGAUAGCAGAACAUGUGGCAGUAGAUGAGAUGAUGAUUGAGUAUUUUGGAAGGCAUGGGUGCAAACAGUUUAUUAGAGGGAAGCCUAUUCGUUUUGGGUAUAAAAUAUGGAGCUUAGCAUCCUCCUCCGGGUUUGUCCAUCAGAUGGAGCCAUAUGUAGGAAGCCACACACAUCUGGUGGAAACUGGACUUGGUCAGGGUCCAAGUGUGGUUCUUGGCCUGGCAGAGAAAGCUGAAGUGCCACCUGGAGUCAAGUUUUACCACGACAACCUCUUCACAACCCUGUCCCUGGUGGAUGAGAUGACCCUGAGAGGCUAUGGCAGCUGUGGCACGAUGCGACAAACUCAGCUCCAUAACGUUCCCUUCACAGCACCCCAGACCUUCAAGAAGACACCCAGAGGAGAUGCUGAGUAUCUGGUUGAGGCAGAGAAGCUGAUUGUAAGGUGGAAUGACAACAGCGUGGUCACCGUGGUGUCGAACAUGGAGAGGGAGUUCACCGAAACUGAGGCGAAGAGAUGGAAUAAACAGAAGCGGACUAUGGACAAGGUCAGACAGCCCAAGUGUAUCCAGGACUACAACACACACAUGGGAGGAGUGGACCUGCAUGACCAGUUUGUCAGCCGCUACAGAGUCAACAUCCGGUCCAAGAAGUGGUGGUGGCCAUGCUUCAGCUGGGCCCUGAACAGUGCCAUGGUGAACAGCUGGUGCUAUGAAACGAUGCACAUUCAUGCAUCUAUCAUGCUUGUUUUGUCAUUCAUUUAGGUCCUGGAAAAGCGGGGAGAAGGAUCUCCUCUCCUUCCAGAGGCUGGUAGCCCAGACCCUCCUCCUGCGCCAUGGAACAAAGCCAAGUAGGCAGGGCAGAAGAUCUUCAAUGGCGGUGGCGAUAACUGAUGCCACCAGGUUUGAUAAUUUGAACCACUGGCCCUGCAACACUGGUAGCAGGUACAAGCGAUGCAAGAACUGCGGCGGACGCACAUCAUUUGCGUGUGGAAAGUGUGAUGUGCCACUACAUGUGGAGUGCUUCAAGAAGUACCACACUGAGUAGAACAUGCAUGAAAGAUGAUGGAAUGUAUGGGAAGAAAUAUGUUAUAUAUGUAUAUAUGUUUUUAGAGGUUCUAAGAAAAAAAUGUUUGUUGAGUUUUUGAGUAUAAAAAAAUUGAGAAUAAAGAAAUCAGUUCAAA